AUGGACAAUGGUAUCGAAGAGGAGCAGGAGGAGCAGGAGAUGCGGCGGCGGUGCCAGCGCUUCAUGGCGCCGCCGGUGAGCGGCCCGCGGGAGCUGUGGCGGCGGCGGCGCGACAUGCGAGGCCGCAUGGAGCUGCUCAUCAUGGAGACGCAGGCGGAGGUGUGCCGCGCGCUGGCGGCGCUGGACGGCGGCGCCGCCUUCACCGUCAACACCUGGGAGAGGAAGGAAGGUGGCGGCGGCAUCAGCUGUGUGCUGCAGGAUGGCAACGUCUUYGAGAAGGCAGGGGUCAACGUGUCAGUGGUGUUCGGGCAGCUCUCCGCAGAGGCUGUGCAGCAGAUGAAGAGCAGGAAAACCCUCAAGGACAAAGACGGGAAAGUGCCUUUUUGUGCUAUGGGUGUAAGUUCUGUUAUCCAUCCAAAGAAUCCUCACGUUCCGACUGUACAUUUCAACUACAGAUACUUUGAAAUUGAAGAAGCAGAUGGGACUAAGCAGUGGUGGUUUGGUGGUGGAACUGACCUGACUCCAACUUACUUGAACAAAGAGGAUGCUGUGCACUUUCACAAGACCCUGAAAGAAGCUUGUGACAAGCAUGAUCCAAAGCUGUAUCCCAAGUACAAGAAAUGGUGCGAUGACUACUUCUAUAUCAAGCACCGUGGCGAGCGAAGGGGGAUCGGAGGCAUAUUCUUUGACGACGUGGACUCUCCCUCCAAGGAGGAGGUGUUCCAGUUUGUGCAGAGCUGUGCCAAAGCCAUCGUGCCUUGCUACGUUCCCAUUGUGAAGAAGCACCGCCACGACCCCUUCACACCGGAGGAGAAGCUGUGGCAACAGCUGCGCCGGGGGCGGUAUGUGGAGUUCAACUUGGUUUACGACAGAGGAACAAAGUUUGGCCUAGCAACACCGGGAUCAAGAAUUGAAAGUAUUCUUAUGUCUCUGCCCCUGACUGCAAGGUGGGAAUACAUGCACACCCCGCCAGAGAACUCGAGAGAAGCAGAAAUCCUGGAAGUGCUGCGCAAUCCMAAAGACUGGGUGCACUGAGGCAUAGCGUGAGGAAGACCAGAUUACACAUGCUCAGYGAUUAAGAAAGAAUAACACCACCACAAACCAGCUCAGAAUGCCACCCAAUGGCAUUUUUAAAAUAGCUGUUUAUACCCUUUUCCGUGCCUUAACAGUGAUGUAGACUUGUCGUAGCUUGCAAAUAUGUGAAGUAAUUCUUUAAGAGCCACCCRAAGAGCUUGCAUUGCUACUGUCCCCUCCUGUGUCACCUUGUGAAGGGCUGGUGAUGCGCUCCCAGGAACAAUGUGUGUGUUUCCGAAACUUCCUCAACUGCUCUGUCUGACUGCAAAAUCAUGAACUACUGUGAAAGGUA